AGGUGCCCACCGGCUUUCCGAGCUCCGAUGAACGACGUUUUUCUCCUCGCGUCACGCUCUAUUCUGCUGGGAGUCAUCACCCGUUCCCACCGGGCACGCAGGACACCCCAGGCAAGGCGGAACCUUUCCGUUCGUCUGCUCCCGGUUGUGCCGCUCUCGCCGUGGAGGGCAAGUAACUCGAGUUCUGAUCACCUGCCGACAGUCACAACCCAAAGUCGCAGCGGCCGGCGACUCCUCGGUGUUAGGGCUCCAGGGUCUCUGGCCACACGUGCGCCCCUGCACCUCUGUGCUGCACUUUCCUCCCCAGCAGUACCAUGUGCCCACAUCAAAGUUUAUUUGAAGUUUACAAAAUCUCUUUUGCAUAUGUUCAACAGGCAGCAGAGCAGAGGUGGCCUCUCAACACGGCAGCAGCUCCGUAGGUGGCUAUAAAGCCAUCAGAAAAAUCAGAUAAAGCCGUCAGAAACCAUUUCAGGUUGACAUACAAGUGCAGGGCACGUAAAAGUUCUUCUUACUGCUACUGGACUUUCUGCUGCGUCUCCCCUCUGCUCAUCGACUCACACCUGAUCGAACAGAACAGUAAAUGGACACUGAGCUUAUCCUACCUUCCCUUUCCCACUCCCCAAAAACGCCCCGAGGGCACAACAGCAUUUACGGAUUCCCGGACAAUCAAGAAUCUCCAGUAAGGUAUUUUACUGAAUUUUCCCGACAUCUGGGGAAACGAACCCAACGGCCGCUCACUUUUCCGCUCUCGCGCAUUCUUUCACCUCGAUAACGCGGCUCGCGGGCCGGCGGUGACUGCGCUGCUCGGGCUCGCCCGCAGCCACCGCUCCGCAGAGCUGGGCCAAAGGUGGUUCCGGCUGAAGGCGGUGGAGCCGCGGCCCCGCGCCCCGCCCCGCCCAUCCCCUCAUGGCAGAAAGUGACGCAAUGUCAGUCAAGGGGUGCCAUGGCGGUUGCGGGCACUGCGGGGCGGAGUCGUCCCCGGGCGAUUGCUGCUUCCGGCACAGUUUCCGAGGAGCCCCUCGGAAGAGAAGCACCGCGGACCUUAGCACCGGGGACAAGUGUGUCCACACGCCCUCAGCGCGACUGAAACCGUUACCGAUCCCAGCCGUUGUGCGAGCAGAGCUCCGUGCCGGCAGGAAGCUCAUGCCAGUGCCAAAGAUGGCGCCGCCGACCCCGCUAGGCCGCGAGGGACCCGCGCAUCCGGCGUCGCCCGCGUAGCGCCCGGCGGGAAGGCGGCGGGCAGCGCCCUCGGCGGGGGCAGCGCCGCCCUCGGUGGCCAUGGCGGCCUGGCCCGCUGUGCCCCUCCUCGUCAACCUCGGCGGGUCGCUGCUGGGCUUCGCGGCCACGCUCACGCUGAUCCCGGCGUUCACGGAGCACUUCCUCGCCGCUCGGCUCUUCGGGGAGGACCUCAACAAGACCUCGAGACGGCCCGUCCCCGAAGCACAGGGCGUGAUUAGCGGUGCCGUGUUCCUGAUCAUCCUCUUCUGCUUCAUCCCCGUGCCCUUCCUGAGAUGUUUUGUGGAGGAGCAGUGCGCAGCCUUUCCUCACAACGAGUUCGUGGAGCUCAUCGGUUCGCUCCUUGCCAUCUGCUGCAUGAUUUUCCUGGGCUUUGCAGAUGAUGUUCUGAACCUGCGUUGGCGCCACAAGUUGCUUCUUCCUACCAUGGCUUCCCUCCCACUGCUCAUGGUUUACUUCACCAACUUUGGGAACACGACCAUUGUGGUGCCUAAGCCCUUGCGGGUGCUGCUAGGCAUGCACUUGGACCUAGGUAUCCUCUACUACGUGUACAUGGGUAUGCUAGCAGUGUUCUGCACUAAUGCCAUCAACAUUCUCGCCGGAAUUAAUGGAAUUGAAGCAGGACAGUCGCUGGUGAUAGCUGCUUCCAUUAUCAUAUUCAAUAUUGUAGAGUUAAAUGGGGAUUAUCGAGAUGAUCACAUUUUUUCUCUCUACUUCAUGAUUCCGUUUUUUUUUACCACACUGGGCCUAUUUUACCACAACUGGUACCCAGCCCGAGUGUUUGUUGGGGACACUUUCUGCUACUUUGCUGGCAUGACCUUUGCUGUGGUGGGGAUCUUGGGACACUUCAGCAAAACAAUGCUGCUUUUUUUCAUCCCUCAAGUACUCAACUUCCUUUAUUCGUUGCCUCAACUCUUCCACAUCAUUCCUUGUCCCCGUCACCGGCUACCAAGGCUUAAUCCUGGUACAGGGAAGUUGGAGAUGAGCUAUUCCAAAUUCAAAAGUAAGAGCCUGUCUGCCAUGGGAACAAAUAUUCUGAAGGUAGUCAAGAUCUUGCACAUAGUAGAUGUGAAGAGUGGAACAGAUGAAGAUGGCGAAUACACUGAAUGCAAUAAUAUGACACUUAUUAAUUUUGUCAUAAAGCUGAUCGGACCCACCCAUGAGCGAAAUCUCACUCUCCUGUUGCUACUUAUUCAGGUUCUUGGCAGCACGAUUGCAUUUUCGAUCCGGUACCAACUAGUGCGCUUGUUUUACGAUGUCUGACUGGACUGUCAGGAGCAAGGGAAAGAGUUCUACCUGCCAGUCUAUUUUCUCCAGUUGCUUGACCAAAUGAUUGAACUGAUCUUACUCCUGCCCUCUGAGAACCUCAGAAUACCUGUCAAAAUACAAGCAACUGCUUUGUGUGGGCUAGUUUUGAACCAGGAUGUUUUUUAUUCACAAAGGCUUUUGUCCAGUUCUAUGAUGGAAAAGAUUCACUGCUAUUUGAACAUCAUUGUUAUUAGGAAUAUCUUUUAGAGGGGAACCAAAUGACUGCACUUAGGGAAAGUGGGAAAGAUGGAAGCUCUAUACAUCUAAGAAAGACAUCACUAUUCACCAAGAGCAGAAACAGCAACUUUAAUUUCUGUGAGCAGAAUAAGUAAACCAGACUCCGCUCCUGGCUUCUCCAAUUCCGUUUUUGUCCAUAGACAUAGAAUGACAUGUGAGAACCCAUACCUAAAACUCAGAGUGCUCCAAGAAUAAAAUAAUUAAUGGUA